AUGAAUUUCACAUCUGAUGCUGGAAAGGCCUUUCUCGCUUCUCUACCCAUAUCCGAGGAGGAAACACGUCCCCAGGACAAUGACCAAUGGACCAAAUACUGGGAUAUCCCAGAUUCUGUAGCAGAUUCAGGAGAGGCUUCGGGAUACUUGCUUCGGAAGCGCGAAGCUCCGCAAGUGGACAAAGGCUGUUGCGUGGAUCUGGAGGAACCGGUAGCUCGAGGUUGCUGGUCUUGUCGCAACCUUCAACAAGAUUGUUCGCUUGUCGACAAGUCGCUUGUAUACCCGUGCCAGACUUGCAAAGAGGAUGAGAUUGAAUGUGAGCUGAUUAUUCCACCUGAAUGGAAAAGAGCUUGCGAGAGAUGCAGGCGCUCCAAGAAGAGUUGCUCUUACAACCAUGGGGAGACGGACCAUUCUUUACCUUGUGAGCAGUGCCGGGCAAUGGGAAUGAAAUGCAUUGCUGGCCCUGCAAAGGAUAAACCGCCACAGAAAGCGAAAAUCACAACCGAGGAAGCGGAGUUAGAGACACAUGUGCCAACUGCGACUACUCCAGGGACUAUCUGGGACACAAUUCCUCCUCUGCCUUCCAAUGGCGAGUUACUCGAUCCUCUAUUCGUUCCGCUGGGCUCAGAGAUUGACCUGGGAUCAUUGAGCAACAAUUUGGGCCAACCAAGUACUAGCAGCAUUCAUACCAUUCAGACCUCCUUGGCCCAUCCAGUGAACUUCACGUAUGAACCUCCUUCAGAUGGCUCCAGCCCAUGCCACUGGUGCAGCAAUUUCGCGUAUGGUAUCAUGGGGCUCGGAAAAAGGACCGUGGAAGUGAUCGACUUUGGGGAUGGAAGAUAUGUGGAAGUCGGUGGUGGUCAUGUCAGCGAAGGCCAUGAGCCUAGUCGGAUGUGCGUCAUCUGUGCACUGGAGAGAAUCCACGUUGUGAAUUGUCCAGGACACCGCAUUGUUCCUCUGAGAGGAUACAAGGUCGAAACAUUUGAUUUCAAAGCUGCGUAUAACAGCAUGGUUCCAGUGCCAGGCCAGACGCCAAAGAGAACGAACCCUUGGUGCUCCCUGUGUCCCAACCCGGCAUUCUUUGGUUGUGGAACUCUUCAAACCGUCAAUAAGUACCAGGAACCCGUUGCCCCUUCGUCUCCUGAUGUGAAAGGCUGCGGUUUGCUGCUCUGCGAUCGGUGUGAGCUGCUAAUGCGUGCCUUUCGUGGAGAUCUGACCAAGGUGGUUGCGAAGAAUGAGCAGGGGAAUGCGGAAUUUGGAAGUCGCGCCGAUGUUAAUUACAUCCUGCCAGGGAAUGAUCUGUAUCGUUGUUAUACCGGCACUUGA